AUGAAAUAUCUCCGUCUACCAUUCACCGGCACCGCCGCUCUCCUCGGCAUCGCCGCCACUGCGUCUGCAUCUGUCGCUUCGCGCCUUCAACCCAACGAUGCAGGACAGUGUCCGUCAGGAUAUAUGAUUGUCGUUAACACCAUCGCUGUCGAGGUGACGCUGACACCAUCUUCGUCUUCGUCGGUUCCGACUACUACUACCCAGUCCACGACUACUACCACGACCACUACCACUGAGGCCGUUGUUCCGUCGUCGACGGUGACGGUUCAGUCGACUAGGACGAAGACGCUUACCCUUCUUGAUAUUUUGACUACUACUUCUGAGGCUGAUGAUGCUGCUGCUGCUGCUUCUACCACCACUACUACCACUGCUGCUGCCGUUACGGCCGCCGUUCCUGCUGUUGACAAUGCAGCCAGCGAGCAGUCCACAACUACCUCGGAGACAUCCCCUGCCGCUGCAACAACCAUCGCCUCUUCAUCUUCUUCCUCUCCAGGCUCUUCCGCUGGAGGCAACCCCGGCGAAGCCACAUACUACACUGGCGAUGUCUCCAGCGGCACAUGCUCGUUCACGGGGUACACGCUGCCGAGCGACAUCUUCGGCGCUGCGCUAUCGGUCCACAGAUGGAAUGAUGCAGCGCACUGCGGAGCGUGUGUGUCUAUCCAAGGACGGGGUGGUAAUUCGAUUAAGGCUAUGAUCGUCGACCAAUGUCCCUCCUGCGCAGAAAACCACAUCGACCUAUUCAGCAACGCCUUCUCAACCCUCUCGGACCUAGCAGCGGGCGUAAUCGACAUAACCUGGUCCUACACAUCCUGCGACGUAUCCGGCCCGCUAUCCCUACACUCGAAAGACGGCUCAUCGGCCUACUGGUUCGCGAUGCAGGUUGUGAACACCAAUGAGCCCGUCACGCAGCUGGAGGUUAGUACUGAUAACGGGGCCUCGUGGACGGACACCACGCGUACGUAUUAUAAUUACUUUGAGAAGGAUGGUGGGUUUGGGACGGAGACUGUUGAUGUGAGGGUUACGGGCCGUUCGGGGAAGAAGGUUGUUGUUAAGGACGUUGGGUGUGGAUCUGGGGAAGUGGUACAGGCGGAGGAGAACUUUUGA